AUGCCAGCCAGAAGGAGUACUGAUAGUAGCAGCGCAGGAGGCAUGAGGAGCAGCACCAGUCCCAGGUCCGAUGACAAUGAUGAGGAAUAUAAAAAGAAACGAAAAAGAAAUAAUGAUGCCGUCAAACGCACCCGUGAAAAAUCCAAACAAAAUGCCCAAAAACGCAAAGACAAUGUGGAGAAAUUAAAAAUCAGCAACACCCAAUUGGAAACCAAAAUUGAGGAAAUGAAAAAGAAUGUCAAUAUGCUGAAAGAGAUUUUACUACACAAUGUGGAGCCGGAAAAGCACAAGGAAAUUGUUCAGAAAAUUUUAGAAGAACCAUCAGAUGAUGAUCAAGAUGUUUAG